AGAGAGCACGGCAGCAGCGAGACAGGAGGUACCCGAAGGAGCUCAGCCUCGCCGCUGCACGGGAUGGGUGUGCCAGACGGCACACACCUCCGGGGCAAAAAGGGCGGUGACCUCGGAACGAUUGCGCCAUCGCCUCUGAAAAGCUUUUUAUUGCGGAAGUAGCGGGCUGGGAUCCCGGCCACGGCAGCGGCGGGACAGGUGCGGAGCCGCCCCUGCACAGCCCUCGCCUCCCCGCCGCCUCUGCCCUGCGCUCGGCCAGCCCAGCUGCAGCUGCACGGCCUGACUGCACCAGCCCGAGAUGGCAGAAGGCAGGCGCGACCCCCAGCCCGGGGACCUGAUCGAGAUCUUCUGGCCACUUUACCAGCACUGGGCGCUCUACGUGGGGGAUGGAUAUGUCAUCCACACCACAGAUGAUGGAGACCAUUCUGAUUCGUGUAGCACCACAUCAAUAUGCACAACAGUCACGGUGAAGAAGCAGCGUCUGAAGGAUGUGGUGGGAAAUCAUAAAUGGCAUGUCAACAACAAGUAUGACCAUUCCCACACUCCUCGUCCUGUGGAGGAGGUCAUCCAAAAUGCUGAGUAUUGGAUUGACAAGGAGGUGACAUAUGAUGUGCUUAAGAGCACCUCUCAGCUCUUUGUGACAGAACUUCGCUAUGGAAAAGCACUCUGUGACCAGCCCAGCGCGGCCGAGAGCGGCACCGGCGGGGCGCGCCAGCCGCGGAGCGCCGCUGUGCCUGCGGGCUGCAGUGCCAAUGCCGGCCGGCAGGGGCGCUGCGGGGCCGGCAGGGAGCGCCGCGGGGAAUCCGCGCGGCACCGGCACCGGGGAGCACCGGCACCGGGCAGCACCGGCACCGAGCAGCACCGGCACCGGGGAGCACCGGCACCGGGCAGCACCGGCACCGAGCAGCAGCGACACCGGGCAGCACCGGCACCGGGGAGCACCGACACCGGGGAGCACCGGCACCGGGGAGCACCGGCACCGGGCAGCACCGACGCCGGGCAGCACCGGCACCGGGCAGCACCGACACCGGGCAGCACCGGCACCGGGCAGCACCGGCACCGAGCAGCAGCGACACCGGGCAGCACCGGCACCGGGGAGCACCGACACCGGGCAGCACCGGCACCGGGCAGCACCGGCACCGGGGAGCACCGGCACCGGGGAGCACCGACACCGGGCAGCAGCGACACCGGGCAGCGCCGGCACAGAGCAGCAGCGGCACCGGGCAGCAGCGACACCGGGCAGCAGCGACACCGGGCAGCACCGACACCGGGGAGCACCGACACCGAGCAGCACCGGCACCGGGGAGCAGCGACACCGAGCAGCAGCGGCACCGGGCAGCAGCGGCACCGGGCAGCACCGACACCGGGCAGCACCGACACCGGGCAGCACCGUAGCGGGCUGGGAUCCCGGCCACGGCAGCGGCGGGACAGGUGCGGAGGUGAGCGGGGCUCGGGGGAUGCGAGCGGGCGUUCCCAGCAGGAUGCGGCCCCUCCAGGCUGCCGGCGGCGGGCGCGGCUGUGCGGAGCGGCCGGAGGUGCCGCAGAGCCCGGGCACGGCUCGGCCCCCCGGGCAGCCCCGGGCAGCCGCGUCCCGGCAGCGGAGCGGGCCCGGCCCGGCCCCGGCGGAGCCCGAGCGGAGCGCGGCCGGGAGGGGAGCGCGGGCCCCGCGGGCGGGCGGGCGGGGGCGGCCGGGCACGGCGGCGGCAGCCGGACGCCCGCCCGCCCCGGCCCCGGCCCCGGGCGGAUGCGCUGCCUGCGAGCGGGGCCCUUCGCUCCCUCGCCCUGCGCCGGCCCCGGGCGGCAGCGGCCCCGAGCCGGCUCCGGCCGAGCGGAGCCGCCGCUCCGGCAGCCGCUGCCCUCGGCGCCCGCCGCUGACACCCUCCGACUGCACCAGCCCGAGAUGGGACAGGACAAUAGCCACCCCCAGCCCGGGGACCUGAUCGAGAUCGACCGGCCACGUCAUCAGCACUGGGCCCUUUACAUGGGGGAUGGAUUUGUCAUCAACUUGAAACCUGUAGGUAAGGAGGACCUACAGCUGGGAGACUGCACGGUGCUAGUAUUCAUCAGAAAGGUGAAGAAGCAGCGCCUGAAGGAGGUGUUGCAAAAUAAUACAUGGCGUGUCAACAACAAGUAUGACCGCUCCCGCACUCCUCUCCCAGUGGAGGAGAUCAUCCGGCGUGCUGAGAGUUAUAAUGACAGAGAGUUGAAAUACCAUGGGUUUGGUAGCAACUGUGAGCAUUUUGUGAAAACACUCCGGUAUGGAGAGGAAGUGUCUGACCAGUGGAUGGCUUUAUUAGGUGGUGAAGUGCACAUUCCUGAUAUGACAGAUGACAAGAACUACCCCAACCUUGGGGACCUUAUUGAGAUCAAACGGGGACAUUACGAACACUGGGCCCUCUACAUGGGGGAUGGAUAUGUCAUCCAUGUGACAGCUAUAGGUGAAAAUAGUCCACCCAAGUCAGCUGGCAGUGUGACAAUAUUAACUAGUAAGGCAAAGGUGAAGAAGCAGCUCCUGGAGGAUGUGGCCAGAAAUGAUACAUGGCGUGUCAACAACAAGUAUGACUGUCUCCGCAUUCCUUUCCCGAUGGAGGAGAUCAUCCGGCGAGCUGAGCAAUGGAUUGACGAGGAGGUGACAUAUCGUUUAUUCCUCAAGAACUGUGAGCACUUUGUGACAAUGCUGCGCUACGGAGAAGGAGUCUCUGAGCAGGCCAAGAUAGCACUUGAGAAGUUGAAUUCCAUUUCUUCUGCAGUGAAUUCCGUUGCUACUACUGGGAUGGGAGCAGUCAGUUAUUUUGUUGGGCCAUCUGGUCUUGUUGUGGCUGCUGCUGGUUCUUUUCUUCUUGCCACCAUUCAUUUCACUUCCAGCCAUAUUGCUGGAUCCUUCACUUGUGCCAAAUUUGUAAACACAAAGAAAGAUAUACUGGAACGGAGGUGCUGUUAGGAAGAGCUCAAGCAAGGCAUGGAGUCCCUAGUCACUGUUCAGCUUUUGCCACAAGUGUAAUUGUCACAUUCACAUUUUCUGAAAAAUCUUUUCCCCCAGGAUUUUUCUCCUAGGAAGCUCAGAAGCCUCAAUGAAAAUGAAAAUAAUAAUUAUCUCAUUUGCUUCUCCUCUCUUUUGCUCAUGUGGAA